UUUCCUGCUCUUCUUCUUCCUCAGCAAAACCCACCAUGAGUGCACAAGGAACGUCCACGCUGGCGGUUUUGUCUUCACUUGCCACCAACGCAAUCAUAUUUGGCUGUUUUGUUGGUGGCUUUUUCGUUUUGCGCUUGAAAUUCAAGCGGAUCUACUCGCCCAAGUCCUCGUACGAUUUGGUGCCUGAGGAAAAGAAGCCCGAGCCACUUCCCAAAGAUCCCGUGCGGUGGAUAUACAUACUACUAAGGAAAUCGCAUAGCUUUAUCAUCCAGCAAUGUGGCCUCGACGGGUAUUUCUUCCUACGCUACCUCUAUAUCAUGGGGCUUAUAUUCUUGUUUGGCAUAUUGACUUGGGGCGUCUUGCUCCCGGUGAAUGCCACCAGUGGUGCAGGCAAAACAGGGUUAGAUCAGUUGUCGAUCUCUAACAUCUCGCAACCCAAACGGUACUAUGCGCAUGCGUUAAUGUCGUGGGUUUUCUAUGGCAGUGUGAUCUACGUCAUAUACAGAGAGCUAUUCUUCUUCAACUCUUUCCGUGCAGCGGUCUUGUCAUCGCCUAGAUACGCAUUCAAGCGGUCGUCACGCACAGUGCUUUUCCAGUCCGUGCCUGACCAGAUGUUAGACGACGAGCAAUUCUAUAAGCUUUUCAACGGUGUCAAGCAGAUCUUUGUGUCCAAGAAAACUCGCAAGUUGAGUGCAAAAGUCCAGGAAAGAGAGGAUUUGGCAUACAAGUUGGAAAGGGCCACCACCCAGCUUUUGCAAAAAGCUGUCAAAGCCAAGGCCAAGGCGGAAAAGAAGAACAUACAGGUGGACGACCCGGCUGAUAUCAACACUUGGGUGCCCAGGGAAAGAAGGCCCCGCGAACGAAGCAAGUGGUUUUCUUUCAAAAAAGUGGAUGUAAUAGAAACCACGCGCGAGAAGUUGAAGGCAGUGGACGUCGAGGUACAGCAAUUGCAGGAAAACUACAAAUCAUUCCCGCCAAAGAACUCAAUUUUUGUUGAGUUCGAGGACCAAUAUACUGCACAGUUGGCCUAUCAAACCGUGGUGCACCACAAUCCCAUGAGAAUGAGUCCCCGGUAUACUGGCAUGGAGCCUGAUGAUAUCAAUUGGCUCAACAUGCGGCUUUUCUGGUGGGAGCGAAUCGUACGGCGAGCCCUUGCUAUUGCAGCGAUCGUUGCGUUGAUCAUAUUCUGGGCCAUUCCUGUGGCCUUUGUGGGUAUUAUUUCCAAUAUCAACAACUUGACAGACACACUCCCUUUCUUGAGUUUCAUCAACAACCUUCCUGACUGGUUGCUCGGUAUCGUGACCGGUCUUUUGCCCACCGUCUUGUUGGCACUUUUGUUGGUGGUUUUGCCCUUCAUCAUCCGUAUCUUCGCCAAGAUUGCUGGCACAAUUUCAGUUCAAGAGACCGAGCAUUUCACGCACACGGCAUACUUUGCAUUUUUGACCAUCAACGGUUUUCUAGUCACAGCCCUCGCGUCGUCCGCCACCUCCACCGUGGAGCAAAUUAUCAAUAAUCCCACCUCUGCCCUUUCCAUCUUGGCUGAGAACUUGCCCCGCUCCUCCAAUUUCUAUCUUUCCUACCUCAUCUUGCAAGGUCUUACUGUGACCAGUGGUGCACUCUUCCAAGUCGUUGGCUUGUUUGUUUACUAUGUUUUGGGAACAUUGCUAGAUAGCACCCUUCGGAAGAAGUGGACCCGAUUCUCACGAUUGCGCAAAGUGAAGUGGGGCACACAAUUUCCUCCUAUGAUCAACUUGGCAAGCAUCACCAUGGUGUAUGCCGUCAUUUCUCCAAUGAUCCUUUUAUUCUCAUGCGUUGCAUUUGGCUUGAUGUAUAUAGCCUCUUGUCACAACCUAUCCUACGUCAUGGCAGAAAGCGCCGACUCAAGGGGCUCACACUAUCCGAAGGCAUUGUUUCAGACGUUCACUGGAAUCUAUAUGGGCCAAGUGUGUUUGUUGGGCUUGUUCGUUGUGGGAAAAGGCUGGGGCCCAAUCGUGCUCCAAAUCAUCGGGCUUUUCACCACUGUUUUUGUGCACAUUCAUUUGAAAAUCGCCUUUGAUCGACUCAUGACUGUCGUACCAAUUGACUGUAUGAAGCCAUUGGAUGGUGUAUCCCACACGAGCUCUUAUACGCAAGACUCGGACUUCAAGUUCAAGGUAUUGGACAAGAAGUCUAUAAAAAGAGCAGACCUGGCUUCGGAGACUGGAGAUGCGGGAGGAACACAAGAAGACUCGGAUCAAACAGUGAGCAAGGGGGAAAACUUGGUCCCAUUGUUGGCAGAUUGUGACUCCAAGAAAGUCAAAAGAAACAACUUUCUUAUCCGUUACUUUAGACCAGAUGUGUUCAUGAAUUACCGUCAUGUCAAAAAGUUGAUUCCUGCCACCUACAACAUGGAGAAUCUUGCAGCCGACGACCCUCAUGCAUAUGACCAGCCCGAUAUUUCGGAGCAAAUGCCCAUUUUGUGGAUUCCAAAAGAUGAUAUGGGCUGGUCUGCCCAGGAGAUUGACUCCAAUAAGGACACGGUUGAUAUGAGAGAUCGUGAUUCCGGGUUCACUGCAAAAGGCAAGGUUGUCUACCUUGGUCCUCCACCCUACUAAAUAUACCCCAAACCGGAAUCCUGAGACACAGAUUCUGGUUUCAUCACGGCAAAGCCACCUUUGGCUCUACAUUCAGAAAGCUGUCAUAAAGACAUGGCUUUUUGGAGGUGGGUGUCGCCCCCUAAUAUUUAAUACAUAUAGCACUCAAAUGUCUACAUGGCUAGCAUGUUUGAAUUCGGCUAGAACAACAGAGCGUAGUUUAUAGGCUUCUUCAUGGCCAAAUGAUGUACUUGUAUUGCUUAAUGAGUUCUUUUUUGAAGCUUGGUGUUAAGUGAUGGAAUAAGUGGACGUGCG